GGGGAAGCGCAGGGCUGCGGGACCGCCGCACACAGACACACGGAGCCGCGCCGGGAGCACAGCGGCGGCAGCAGCGCAGGUGGGUGAGCGGGAGGGCGGCAGCGGCGCGGGGCGAGCGGCGGAAACCGGCGGUCUCCGGGCGCUGCUCGCAGCCCCGAGGUGCCCGGGGAUCGCCGGGCAGGUGCGGCUCUAGAGGGCGGGAGAGGCGCAGCUGCUGUGUGCCCCACUCCUCAUCCUUCUGCUCCUCUCUCUCCUUUCUUCCCUUCAUUUUUCUUUUUUUUCUCCUCUUGUUUCUCUUCUUCUCCACUUUUUACUUUUUUUUUUUCCUCUUUCCAUUUUCUUUUUCCUUUUUUAUUAUUUUUUUUCUGUUAUUUCAUUAACUUCUUCCUUUCUUUCUCUUCCUUCCUUUCUUUCUUUUCUCACUUCUUUUUGGACGUUCUGCUCAUCUCCCUGUUAUUUUUUUCUUUUAUUUCUGCCUUUUUUCUUCUUCUUCUUUUUUUUCUCUUUCUGCCUUUCUUUCUACCCCUCCACUCCCCUCCCCCCCGGCUUUUCCCAUGGCACUGCAUGCAGGGCUGGCCCCACCAUGGGAUGCAGAGCAGCCCAAAGCAGACUGCUGGCCUCGGGGUGCUGGGUUGGUGUCAAAUUUGUUGUCGGGGGCAAGGAACAUCUCAUGCUCCUGAGGAAAUGCAGUCCUAGGAUGUGGCUUUUCGUUUUCCUAGAACUGGGAAAACCCUGAAGAAACGUUAUUUAUUUAUAUUUUGUUUGUUUGUUUGUUUGUUUUUGGAACAGCAAAUCUGUAAGGUUCUAAAUAGUUUUCUGUGACCCAGGUUGAGUGGGAGAGCUCAGAAGUCCGACAGGAGUCUCAGUUGAGCUCUGGCAUUUUGUCCCCCUUUCAGGGCUCCUCAGAAAUGUAGACUUCUUUGUGGGAAAGAGGAGGAGUGGCAGCAGCAAGGAAUUGCCAUUUUGGAACCUGCAGCUUUAAAUUUCUUUUUUAAUGGAAUAUGAUGUAGGUGACCUUAAAGCUGGCAGAUGACAGCCCUCGGGAGUCAGAAUAAGAGGAGUCUAACAUUUCAGUCUUUUGACUUCAACUUGAAAAUUGUUGAGAAAAAUAAUACAAUAUCAGGAGCUCAGGUAGGAGCUCAGUUACAGUGCUACAUUGCUUUUAAAAGUAGAAAUAUGCAAUAGAAAAUAACACUCUUUUGAUCCCCUCUGUGAUUCACAGCUCUGUCAUCAGUAAGCUAUAUUAAUCUCUUCCAUAUGAAUCUGAGUUGUCUGGGGCAAUACUUCUUUCCUGAAGCUGUAAGAGCCAAAACUUCCUUAAAAAAUGUGAAUACCUUUGCCAAGUCUUUACUCUUUUUCUAAUCUUCAGUGAAAUGCACUGGGGAACGUACAUGCUGAAGAGCUGCAGUCGGCUGUGCUGAAAAUACAACAAUUUGCUGAGCAGAAUCCUGCUCUCUGUGUCUUUUACUGCCAUGGAAAAGCUGCUACUAGUUGUAUGAAGAGAUUUAUUUUUGUUUUUCUGACAAUUUUCUCCUGGCUUUCCUUUGAAGUCCAACACAACCUACUAAGUUCUCCAGUUAUGUUUGUUCAGAAGUUCCUGGGAGAGCACUGUAAAACACAGUUUGUAGUGUUUUUAUCUUUCUGUAUAUUUUCCAAUGGAGUCUACUUUCUAGGUAGUAUCUGGUCUUUGAUAACAAAGAAUUGCAUUUUUUUUAUCUUCAUUCUUGUGUGGAGUUGUCUUUUAGGUCAGAUUAAACUCAUCUCACCUGAUGUGAACAGUGGGGGGGAAAAAAACAAUAUAGUACCUUUAUAGUUGCAGACUAAAACCAGGAAAUUCUAUUUUAUUGGCUUGCACAAUGGAGCUAAACCUGUGCACCAGAGCAUGAUGCUGAUCCGUGUUAGUGCUGUAACUAUCAGAGAUCUCUUAUUUUCAAGGGACGCAGUUGCUGCUGGUGCUGCUAAUGAACUGUAACUGUAGGCAUGCCUACAUUUCCUUAGCCCUGUUCUGAAGGCAAUCUCCAGAUCUCCUCUAAAUAAUAUCGUAAGUGUUGUUUUUGAAGAAGGAUGAAAGUACUCAAAAGUUUGAUAACUUCUUCCCUCCCCUUUUAGAUUCAGGUUAGGUUUAACAGGUGGUAAUGCCUUCCCAGUAACAGCAUCUGCCUGUUUGCUCCAUCCUGAAACACAGCAUUUUCACAAGGGAGCCAUUAGCAAGCACUGUAGGUGGGCACAGGGACUGCAGACCUGCUCAGCUGCAAGGAAGAUUAUAGCUCCUCCUUUAAAGUGAAAAAUGAAAGUAUAUAUAUAUGCAAUUCACUUCAGGGCAGCCAGCAUGGAGCGCAACACAAUUCCACCAUGUAUUAAACUGGGCAGUAUAACUUCAAAGAUUUUGUGGUAUUUUUUUGUUGAGAUUUGUGAGUGUACUUCUGUGUCAGCUACCCUGAGGUAAAACAUAUAUUCUUCUCCAGUGUUAAUAGUCUUAGACUCACUAAAAGUCUUUGUGUGGGAAAGCGGCUUUCCUUUGUUUAGUUGUGCUCAGUGAACGCAUAUGGGAAUCAGGCUUAGAACUCAGUUCUGGAGAAGAUGUACACGACGAGAAGCUAACAGCAACUUUACCAAAAAUCACAUUUUUUCUACACCAUUUCACACACUGAGUGCCUAUUUGUGUGGGUUUUACUGAUUUCUGUUUAUUUUAAGAGGACGUUUCUAGAGUGCCAGAUGCCUUACAUCUGAACAUAAAAUCUGAAAGUAACUAUGUUUUUGAAUUUAUUUGCACUAAUUUUUAUUUUUUUAUUUUUUUUCUGAGGAGCAGCUCUCUGCUUCUCUUUACUCUCAGUAUUCAGUGUCUGGGUAGUGGUAGGUGUAGCAAUGUCUGUAAAGCUGCCUUCUAAGCUAACAAAGCACCAGAAAUUGACUUUUUUUUCUAAAGAAAAGAAAUGUCCUUUUUUUUUUUUCCUUUGUUUUCUUUUUUUUUUCUUCUUUUUAUUGUCUUACAAAUAUCUCUGGAAAAAAAAAAAAAGCCCUGGUUUUGCAGAGUGUUGUUAAUGAGCAGACUCUGCACCCACAUGCAGCCCCACUGCUGCCUGGGCACGACUUCUAGAAUUCAGGUCUUAUCCCCAUACAGUCUGACAGCGGCCCAAAUACUCUGCUUCUGACCAGUGCUUUUUUUUUUUUUUUUCCAUAAGACUGAAAACUAAUGGAAUAAACAUGUGGGUGUUCAUUCAGUUAUGGGCAUACCUACAUUUAAGGUCACAUUGCUUGAUACCGUGGAAAUGCUGAGUAAAUGUGUCUCCACUGUGGGUAGCACAUUUCUUCUGAUAACGCCACAUCUAUACAGUCUGUAGUUGUGCUUAUGCAUGUUGGUGUUCAUGCAAGCUGCUUUAUGGUUUUAAAAAUCACAUGCUCCUCAGAACAAGCGCUCUGCAUAGCUGAUUCUGAAUGGAAGCGGGUUAAUUGUGAAAAACUGCUUGCAGGGCACGCAUGCUUUAAUGCAUGGUAGGUAUGCCCUGUUAAAACUCAAGGACUUUUCAGUAAGUCCAUGCCCAGUGGAGAACCUUCUGCUGAAGUGUCACAGCGUAGUUGCCUAGUUUCUGUUGGACUGACCUGAGAGAUCUUUUCCAACCAUCAUCACUGUAUGAUUCUAUAUCUCGGGUGGAACUUGAGUGGGAGAAGUGAAGAGCCAAGGGCUGGAUGACACUGCUUCCGGACUGUUCUGACGGGCAACUCAUUUCUCUUUGUAUCUCCUUCCCCUCCCACUGAAGCCAAAAAAAGGAAAAAAAUAGUCAGAUCUGCCCCUGACUCCCCACCCAUCAAAAGCAUUACUUGUUUUGUGGCCCAUCCCAACCGCCACUUCAGAAAUGGGUGUACUCAGCACUGCAUUUUCCACUCAGCUUACUUCAAUAGGUUUCCACAAAAAUAAGAACUCCAGGCUGUGGUGACUGCACUUAGGAUUGUAGUGUAGCUGCCAGAAAGAUUUCAAACACCUGAAGUAAAGCUUGGAUGGAAAGCUAACCUCUCCGUGGGCAUGAACUAGAGGCACAUGUCAUGUUUGUGCUUCUGGGAUCUCUAGAGAGCUGUAUGCCAGAAGCAACCCAACGUAUGUCACUGAAGCAACUACAGGUGGGGAAGCACCCACAUCAGCUUCCUGUAGCUGUCUUAAGAGGAAGGAGAACAGAAGAAGUGGAGAGUGGCAGUGAGGUACAUCCUAGUUCAGCGGCCUGGGAAAGCAGUAACAGGCACUAAGGCCUUACAGAUGUAUGCACGUGACCAGCAAGGUCUUGCGUACCCUAUGUGUAGCUGAUUUUAUUUUGGUCUCCUGCCAUCCUCUGUGGUGCUACACAGACCGUAGCUCCUUCCUGUCACACUUCAAGCACCUCAGAGUAAGAUCUUACCCUCUCCUUAGACCCUUCCUGAGCUUCUGGUGCUGGUAUUGGCCCAUGGUGUGCUUUGGAGACUUCUGUUUCAUUGCUGAAUUGAUGUUUAGCAUCUUGUUUCAACAGUUUCUCUACUGCUAUGAGUAAAGGCUGAAGUGCCAAAGUAACAAGCCAUUUCAUUCUUUGUCCCUGUGCCACCAGACCCUGUCAUCAGGAGAAGGGUCUGUGUGCUAUUUCAUUGCAAGUCCUACUUGCUUUUUCUGAAAUACAAAAAUAAUAAUAAUUAUAAGCAUAAAAAUAUACAUUAAUAUCUUAAAAAAAACAAAAACAAAACAUAGCAUAUGGUUUCACUUUGUUUUCUAAGCUACAUGUUGCCUUAUUAAAUUGGUUGUGGAGAGGGAGGCCCUGUGAUGCAGGAGAACUGGCAAUCCGUGAGCUGUGUCCUUGGCUGGCAGCAGGGCUUAACAAUGCAGUGCUUAACAAAGCCAUACACCCUCUUACAUUCCCUUGGCGGGAUGCAGCAUAGUGCCCUUCUGCAGACCUUCAUUUUGCGUGUUUUCUGGACUAGUAACUGUGUGUAACUGCUGUUAGAAAAAUGAGAAAGAUAGGAGCCAGAGGAUGGUAAUUUGGGCAAAAUGAAUACUCCCCCAGAGCAAUACCACCCUGAUGUGAAACUGAUUAGAGGCAACUCUUGCUUUUUUAGUUCAGGGAAAGACAAGCAUCCUACUCUCAGCCUUAUUACCAGUCCAAACUAGAAGCCUGAAUUUGCAGGUGUUGUGAUCAGCUAGACCUGAAACCCUGCUGUUAAGGGAGGCUUUUCCAAACUUCCUGGUCCAGGUCUUGUGUACUGUGUUGAUUUUGCUCCUCCUUAACUCCCUCCCCCCUUUUUAAGGAUGCAGUUUCACAAGAAACUUGUUACUUCAUCAGGUGCUCAGCUGAGGUGUGGUUCUUCUUCAUUCCUCCCUGUAUUGAUGUCUUCCUGGGGUGGGGGCAGGCCGGGGCCAUCAAGACCCUUGGGCCCUGCCAUUGGGCAGCUGAGACCUGCCCAAGGCUAGUCUGGUCAGACCUGCUCUUACAUCAAGUGUUUCUAAGAUCAAGGAUGUUGGAGAGAGUGCACCUCAUGUAAAAGUCUUGAAAGUCUUCUGUGACUGUCUCCCCACUGAGGAGAAGGAUCAUCAAUAGCAUUCAGUAGCAUCUAGGAAGUUAGUGGAUUUUUUCCUUCCAUCUCGUUGACAAAUGCUCCAAGUUCCCAAAAACCAUGAACUGUUUUUUCUGAAGUUGCUGAGGCUGAUACAAGCAGAGUGGAGCGCUAUUUUUUUUUGGUCCUGCAAAGCUACCUGGUAUUUGAAAUGCUGAAAAGGAAACUACGUUUUUUCCACAACUCAUGCUUCAGACUUUUCUUGGGUCUAACUCUGAUUUUAGUAAUCAUUUCAGUUUUGAAAGUUAACCAGAAAGCAGACUUCUUAAAUCGAAGACAUCUAGAUCUGACUAAGGAAGACCCUAUUGGCGAUGUUAACUGCACCAAGAUACUGGAGGGCGAUAUAGAGGAAAUUCAAAAGGUAAAGCUUGAGACAUUAUCAGUGUCAUUUAAGAAACGUCCCAAACUAACAACCAGUGACUAUAUUAACAUGACAACAGAUUGCUCCUCUUUCACCAAGAUGAGGAAAUAUAUUAUGGAACCUCUCAGCAGUGAGGAAGCAGAAUUUCCAAUUGCUUACUCAAUAGUGGUUUAUCACAAAAUCGAGAUGCUUGACAGACUUCUGAGAUCAAUCUAUGCUCCUCAGAAUUUUUACUGCAUCCAUGUUGAUAAAAAAUCUCCAGAAUCUUUUUUUACAGCUGUGAAAGGAAUAGUCUCCUGUUUUGAUAAUGUCUUUAUAUCCAGCCAGCUAGAGAGUGUUGUAUAUGCUUCAUGGAGCAGGGUGCAGGCAGAUAUUAAUUGCAUGAAAGAUCUCUAUAGAAGAAGUUCAAACUGGAAAUAUCUAAUAAACCUCUGUGGCAUGGACUUUCCUAUCAAGACCAACCGGGAAAUAGUAGAGAAAUUAAAAGCCCUUAAAGGUGAAAACAGCUUGGAAACCGAAAAAAUGCCUGUUUAUAAAGAAGUAAGGUGGAAAAAACACUAUGAGAUUGUUGAUGGUAAAGUGAAAAACACAGGUAUAGACAAACAACUACCGCCUCUCAGUACUCCAAUUUUUUCUGGUAGUGCCUAUUUUGUAGUUAGCAGAAGAUUUGUAGAAUACGUAUUAGAAAAUAGCAAAAUCCUCAAAUUUAUUGAGUGGGCAAAAGACACUUACAGCCCUGAUGAGUACCUAUGGGCAACAAUUCAGAGAAUCCCCGAUGUCCCAGGUGCUGUUUCUUCUAGUGACAAGUAUGAUGUUUCUGAUAUGAAUGCGCUGGCCAGGUUUGUCAAGUGGCAGUACUUCGAAGGAGACGUGUCUAAAGGUGCGCCCUACCCACCAUGCAGUGGAAUUCAUGUUCGCUCUGUCUGUGUGUUCGGGGUAGGAGAUCUGAACUGGAUGCUGCGAAACCACCACUUCUUUGCUAAUAAGUUUGAUACUGAUGUUGAUCCUUUUGCCGUGAAGUGUUUGGAAGAAUAUUUGCGACACAAAGCUUUGUAUCUGCAAAAGAACUGAAAUGCUGCAUGCUCCAGUUAUGAAACACAGGUCCAAAUUAAUGUUAAUACAGCUGUAAAUUUUUACAGGCAACGCUAGUGGUGGUGAUGAUGGUAAUCUCUACACUGGUGUGGUGAUGAUGUGGCCCUUCUUUGUGCAUUGACAAGGAGGGAAGACAUGCCUCAAAUGAAUAUGAGGAUGCCUUAUGUCGCACACUGGGGCUUGGAACUUGGGUACAAAAUCACAGACAGUAGUGUUUGGAAGCUCAACUAAUUUGAAUAUUUAUUAUCUCAAUAAUUAUUAUCUCUUAUAAUUAUUGGGCUUCCUGGGGUUAAACUGUUUGUUGAAUGCCUGGAAAAUGAAUGUUGUUCAUGAUUAUUUCUGAGUUGUUGGUGUUUUGCUUUUUUGUUGUUCUUUUUUUGUUUGUUUGUUUGUUUUUCUCAAGAAUAUAAUGCUAGCUGAAAAGGAGAAGUGAAGAGAAAUAGGGGAAAGCAGCAGCUGGUCUGCAUGAAGUUCAUGCUGAGUGCUGGAAGAUCUCAGGAACUUAACAAUGAAUUGAUUUGAAAACCAAACAAAAGGGGAUAUACCAAAGCCAAAGGUCAUCAUUUAACUUAAAUAUGACUGCUGCAGUUCUGCAAUAUGUAAUUUUUAGUUCUUCUGGAAAUCUUCAACAAGGAAUAUUAAGGACUUGUAUUUCUAUUUUUGUAACAAAAUCUUUCUUUUGUACUCUUAAGCGCUCCCUGGUAAUGUGAUAAGAAGUUUAUAUAUUAGUUCCUAGGUGUAUCUUCUCAGGGAAACUUCAGUUUUGUGCCUGAUAAGAGUUGUAAUUUUACACUUACUGUAUCACAAGCCUUGCUUCUGGAACCAGAAUGACUCAAAAAGUCGUUCUUAGAAACUUAAAAGAAUUGCAGCAAUGUCUAAAUGUUACUGAUUCAACUGCUGAUUUCCACAUUCUGUUAAGUUCAACUUGCAUUACAGACAAUUUUAACACUAGGUAUGAAAAAAUAAAGUUAUUUUUCUGAA